AAAUUCCAACCGCCUAGCUAAGAAAGAUUCCUACCGCCAUCCCAAAAAGACAUGGCUAAGGACUCUAAAGGCCAUCGUGCCAUCCUUGAAUCCAUUUUCAACGGCGAGGACAUCUUCGUGGAUCCCAACAUACUGGGACCAGAUCAAGACGCUGCCGUGGACGCAUGGAGCAUGGGCGCGGUGAAAAUUUCUGAUGAUUUCGCUGGCCAACCGACCAGACUCUGUUCAAGCAGACCCCAGGAUAUCUCGAUAAGGCCCAAGAAGCAAGGCAGGACUGGCGAUGAAUCUAACAGCUCAGACGGUCCGACCCUUCGCAAGACCCAGAUGGCCAAGCAGCAGCAACAGCAGCAGCCGAGGUCUGGAUAUCGCCAUAUGCUGCGCCCCAAGAAGCCGAACACCACUGCCGGCGACCUAGAUGUCGACGAUGUGAUGGCAGAUGAGGUGAGGCGGACUCAAGACACCACUUGGACAGGUCUGGGACAAGGUCAACUUGCACCACGGGACGAGUUAUUCACUCCAUGGUCACUUGUUGAGAAGUACCCGGUCAAUUUCAUUGGUAAUAGCAAUCGACCCGCAGCCUCUCCGUACUUUCAGACGCCGGCGGUUUAUGACAACCAAAUCUGGGACUUUUACUACAUCCAGAGUCCAGAGGCCGGAAAAUCGCCUGUGCUGUUUGUUCCGACAAAACAGUUCCAGCAUCUUCUCAAAUAUAUUAACGCCGCUAUCGGUAUCAACCUGACCAUCCCCAUCGGCACCAACGCGGAUAAGUUCAAGGUCCGGUUCGGGCUGGGCGGCACACCCCGGCCUCGCUUCCUCGGCCGCACAGCUAGCCUUGGGGAAUUUCUUGCCCUUCCCAAACUCAAAUCGCUUCCCAAAGAUAACCCUUUCAACGGCGUCACACCCCAGGCCCAGCAGCAGUUCCGGGAACUUAUGCAAGGGCUGAGCAACGUGCAGACGUUCAAAAAAGGGGAUGCAAAGAAGAAGAAGCGAGCCAUCCAGCGAGUUGCUGACCGUCAAAAAUGGGGCUUAACUACCAAACGAGUACAACGCUAUCUCGGCCUUCGCCAGGGCAAGCAACAGUCUGUAGUCCAAGAAUUGCAGAAUCUUACCCUUGGCAACUCACAAGCAAAACUUCCCCCCAACAUCAAGUUCGCCUGUGUCGAUGUCGAGACUUAUGAGCUGAACCACAACAUUGUCACCGAGAUCGGCAUUGCCGAAAUCGACACCUCCUCCCUCCGGGGCAUACCAGCCGGGGACAAGACCCAGAAUUGGUUCAGCAUGAUCAAGUCGCACCACUAUGUGGUAAAGGAAAACGCGUGGGCCACGAACGGUCAGCAUGUGGCAAACAACCAGCAGAACUUCAGUUUUGGACAGUCGCAACUGGUUUCCAGGGCAAAUAUCGUCCAGCAAGUGGCUUCUCAUAUCGGCAUGCCCUCGCCGAGCCGGCCUGGUUACAGAGAUGCUUGUGUUGUACUCGUUGGCCACGACAUAAUGGCCGAUGUAGAGCAUCUCGAAAAGGUCAACUACGAUGCGCGCAAAGUGCCCGAAAUUUUUGAUGUGGUCGACACAGCGCACAUGUUUCAGCAUUGGCGCAGGGAGUCCAACGCAACCAAGUUGAGUCGUGUUUUAGAAAGCCUAGAGAUACGUCAUCGGUAUCUUCACAACGCAGGCAACGAUGCUACGUACACUCUUCAGGCCAUGCUCGCAAUGGCCCAGGUGACUCGACAGGAGAGUUUUGAUAGGGCCAUGGGCAAGAAGAUCGAGCGGCCUUUCCAAGAGAACGAGGUAGAUAAUGAAGGUGGUUGGAGCUCUGACGAAGCGAACGACGGCGGUAACCCUGUUGUCUUGCCCCGUGCAAACGGAUAUGAUUCGACUUGAGUACAUACUGCAGUGGUCAAGGGCGGGCUUACAACUCUACUCAUCAUGUAGAAAUGAUGAAGCGGGCGGUUGUUCCUUAUGCGCCCAACUUGGGGCUCUAUUUUGGUGGAAUAGUGAAUAAGGCCAAGGCCUUAGCUGGGAGAUGGUUCUAGCAUUAAAUCUAUACAAGUCCAGCCAAAGGGUCUCAGAGAAAUGCAAGAGCCCGUCGUCUCCUC